AAUUUUCUUUCGCAUAAUAAUAAUAAUAAUAAUAAUAAUAAUAAUAAUAAUAAUACAAAUAAUAAUAUAUUUAUAUAUGAUUUAUCAAAAAGAAAGGUGGCCUUCACGUAGAAUCUAAUAGUUAAAUAGAAUACAAGGCGUUGACAUGCGGCUUAGUAGCUCCCACGUCAAUCUGAACGCUUCAAAGUCCCAACAAAAAUCCUCACAAACCAGCAAGGCAAUAACCUAUAUACAUAUAUACGUAUAUAUAUACAUAUAUAUACAUAUAUAUAUAUAUAUAUAUGCCACCGCAUCAACCAUAAUCCAACCCAACCUUCUUCUUUUCUCUGCUUCUGAGAUAUAAUACAAACACAACUCUACUAAGAAGAAAAGAAAUGGCACGCAGCCAAUUCAUCAUCCUCUUCUCAUCUUUCCUUCUCCUCCCAUUGGCCUUUACUUUCACAGCAGCCUACGACGAUGUCCCAACAAAACCAGUGGAGAAAAAGAUUGAGGUGGUGGUAGAAGGAAUUGUAUAUUGCCAGAGUUGUGACAAAUUUGGAAGCUGGUCUUUGUCUGGGGCUGAUCCAAUCCCUUCAGCUAAACUCAGUGUCAUCUGCAAAAGGCACGAUGAAGAAGUCACUUUCUACAAGGUUUUUGAAACAGACGACAAUGGGUAUUUCUAUGCACCCCUUGAAGGCUUCAAAAUGGUUAAUUCUUUAGUGGAUCAUCCACUCCAGUCAUGCCAUGUGAAGCUCGUUUCUUCUCCCCGCAAAAACUGCGACCUUCUUUCCAAUGUCAAUUAUGGACUCAAUGGCUCCCCACUUCGCUAUGAGAAGAAGAUAUUGAAGGGGAAGAACUAUGAGGCUGUCAUAUAUGCUGCAGGUCCCUUGGCUUUUCGUCCUGCUCAUUGCUCUCCUGAUACUCAUUAUUGAUGUUGCUGCCGAUUGUUCUUGACCAAUGACCCCUGAUUAAUUUGCAUCUUUUUUUUUCCUUUUCUUU